GUUUCGUUGUUGAGUUGUCUGAGCUUUCCUGAGAAAGCCUCGUCACCAUUUUCCAUUCUCUCAUUCGUUUUCCAUUCAAAGUUCCGAAGAAAUCUGGCUCUAUUAGCCUCUACCAACAUGUGUUUUCGUCGAUUUAAGACCAUGCUCUCCACAACGUUUCGUUACUGAGAAACCUUGCAGCUGCGCAUAGCCCCAUUUUGGUCACUGUUGUGGCGACAUCUCACAAACCAUGCACGAUCGAGCCAGACAAAAAAUUUCGUCACCAUACUUUCACAAGAUCAUCAUCUCCUAAAAGUUUGGUCGAGAUCUGACUUGUACUUUCAGAGAUAGAUUUCCGACGGGUGGGGGAGGGACUGGAGGACUUAACAUGAAAACUUGAAUUUGCUUUCAGAAUAUCAAUGUUUUUUGACAAUUUGUAGCGUUUCGAGCUCUUUUGUGCACGUGAAACAGAAGUUCUGUAUGAUUGGCUCAUUGUGUACAAGAUUCAUUAGUCAAAUUUUUGGUAGUACAAAGAUUCAUGAACAGACAAUCGUUUUAGUUUAAAAUUGAUUUGUCGUUUACUAAAACCGUGAGAUAAAUCACUGACAGAAAAGUAUCUGUGUAUGAAAGAUCAAAAUCAAGUAGAAAAUAAUUAUUUUCCUUUCAUUCUUUCAAACAUAUUUAUUCAAAUUACCUAACUCAAUCAUAAAAGCUGUUUUCGGCAGCUAGAAACCAAAAUUUCUUCGGAACUUUGAAUGGAAAACGAAUGAGAGAAUGGAAAAUGGUGACGAGGCUUUCUCAGGAAAGCUCNUAUUAUCUAUAGUAUUUCCAGAUUUUCUUCUACAUUACUACUACUGCUAAAGUCUUUCAUUGAAUUGAGCACGAAACUAACCUACGAGUCAUAAGUAAUUGGACAAAUGUCGAGCAUUAUUUCUACAUGUUUCUGAGGUGCUGGAAAGUUAAUUAUUUUUCCGUUGGAAAGAGUUAAGUGAACAUAUACGUUGACAAGCGCAUCGUUCUAAUACCGUUGUCAAACAUUCAUGCUCAAACUUGAAAGUAACAAAAUUAUUUUCUGUAUUACAAUCGUUAUAUAAUUAUUUCACAUUUGUACAAAAAGAUUAGAUUUGAAAUUCAGAAACUUGUUCGCUAUUGUUUUAGAUUAUCAUUGUUAAACGAAAAAUAUAAUUCAAACAUCUUCACAUUAAUACCAAAAACAACAUCAACGCCUAGAUGGUCAGCAACAUUUGAAUCAUUGAAAGCAGUCUAUAAAUCGUAUGUUGAAAUUUUAUUAGCUUUAAAUGAUAUUGUGGAUGACGAAAAAAUGCCUAUUAAUAAUGGAAUUGAUUCUGAUUUAGAAUUUUCAAAAAACCGCCAUGCUCGUAAACCACUACAACGAAUUGCUGAUAAUUCUCAAACGGCACUUCAAUUUACAAGACAAUCGUUUUGUAUUAAAACUUAUCGUGAGGUAUUAGACAAUUUAAUACUAGAGUAUUCGGAGGUGAUCAGAAAUAUUGAAGAUGUGAAAUCAACACCAAAACAUUUACCGAGUAGAUCAUUGUCCUUCGAUAUUAAUGAUGUUGAAAUUGUUCCUAAUAUUAAGCAUCAUGAAUUACCACUAGCAGAAAUUUAA